CAUGUCUGCAAUAAACUCAGCCAUCUGGAGGAAUAAUGCCGCAGAACUUCUUGAAGUAUUGCAGCAACAGCCUUCUGACACUCUGAGUAUACCAAACAAAGAAGGCUGGAUACAUCUGCACAAUGCUGCACACUAUGGUUCUGAGGGAUGUUUGAGAGUGCUAGUGAAAGCCUUUCCUAAACUGAUCGACAAACGUACCAACGAGCUCCAGACGCCUCUGAUGAUGGCUGCCGCAGGCAAAAACCUGUUUUGUGUCCAGUGUCUUCUUGAGGCAGGAGCAGACCCCAACAAAAUCAACGAUGGAGGAGAAUCACCUCUCUACUUAGCUUGUGAAAGAUCAACUCAGGAAAUGGUGCAGGUGCUACUGAUGUUUGGAGCCAAGGUCUCACAAGCCAGCGUGAUUGGAGAGACACCAUUACAUAUAGCCGUGCAAAACCAAAAUCUUGGUAUCUGCAAGCGUCUAGUGACAGCUGGAGCAAAUCUAAGAGCCAGGAACACCUAUGGCAUUGAACCACUAUUCGUGGCUGCUCAGAUGGGAGGCCCAGAAAUAUUGAACCUCCUCAUUGAACAUGGAGCGUAUACUGACUGUCAAGCUAUGGAUGGAGCAACACCUUUGUUUGAAGCAUCCAAGAAUGGCCAUGAAGAGGUGGUGAUGCUGCUUCUGUCUAAAGGAGCAAAUGUAAACAAAACAACCAAAGCAGGACUAACUCCUCUACACAUCGCUUCAAAGUAUGGACAUGCUAGAAUUGUGUCCUUAUUGAUUCCACAUACAGACAGAGCGAUCAUGCUAGAGAGUGGCAUUAGUCCACUCCAUCUUGCAGCAGAACAUGACCGAGAGGCAAUCUUGGAGAUUCUCAUCAAUGCAGACUUUGACGUCAACACGUUGCUGAAGUAUGACCACUCCCAGAUCUAUGAUGACCGGUGCAGCUCGGCCCUCCACUUCACUGUACGCAACAGCAACAUAGACGCAGCCUCAAUGCUGCUGGAGGCAGGUGCUGACCCCAAUCUGGAUAUUUUCAAUCCUCUGCUGGUAGCCGUGAGACAGGGAAAUUUAGACAUGGUCUCUUUGCUGGUGGAGUAUGGUGCCAAUGUGAACGCUUGUGUGCCAACACUCCCCACUACCUUUCCUGGGGCUCUGCUCUUUGGUAUGAAGCACACACUUAUCCUCAAGUUCCUGCUGGACAAUGGAUGUGAUGCCAACGCCUGUUUCCCAUGUGUUUAUGGAGACAGCCCACAUCCUCCCAUUAAGAGCCGGCUUACUUCUAGGGAUGAGCUGGACCUUGAUGAAAUUUCUCGAAGCGAAGCUGCACAGUUCUGUGAGAUUAUAGCGGAUCCCCUUUAUACCUCUUGGGCAGGACCUAUAAUUGACUGUCUCCUUGAUUACACCGGUCCGGUGAAACUGUGUUCUAGAAUCACAGAACUUCUUGAGAACAACAAGGACUGGGUGCACAUCAAAGAAAAAUCAAAGCCACCCGCCUGCCUGAUGCAUCUGUGCCGAGUGAGGAUCCGUCAGCUGGUGGGAAGGCAGAGACUGAGGAGAAUGACCAGCCUUCCUCUGCCUGGACGACUCAUCAAGUACCUGUUCUACGACAACGGAGAAUUUGAGAAUCUCUAGUCUUACUUUUUUGAUUGAGUGUGUGUGUCUCUUAAGCACUGUCUUUAAUUCAAUAAUUUAAACAACAAAAGCUUGAUUAUUCACAACUUUCCCGAACUCUGACCUUUCCCAUUUUUGAUUCUUGCGUCACAUCUGUCUACCACUCCACUGUGUUUACAUUUAUACUGUAGCUAACUGCUUAGUGAGUGGUUUGGAGACGACUCAAAUCUGUGAAUUUUAUAAAAAAUGAUUGCUGGUUGUGUGCCAAUAGUUAAUCAAAAAGCGGACAGAGGUUUGCCAUGGUACUAAUAACCUGUAGAGAAACUAAUGUCUAAUGGCCAAGGAUUUUUUAGGUUAACUGGUUUAUAGCUAGUAAAUUUAGUUCAACAAUCUAACUGGUGGUGCUAUGAAGCAGAAUGCCGAGGCAGAAAUCCUGGCUCCAGAGACUAAAUAAAAGUCCUGCCAUAUAUUCUUUCCACCUGUGUGCUAAACACAGGUGAUAUCACUAAUUAUCUGAUCUACCUGGCUGCUAAUUGAAUGAACUGGUUUACUAAAUGGUUGGAUCAAAUACUUGGCAGGACUUUUUGCUUUCUGAACCCGGGAUGUCCGCCUUUGAGCAGAAGGUUAACUUGUUGGCUGUG